AAAAAAAAGAAAUAAAUCGCAACUGACUUUAGAAAAAACGUAUGUUCCUUCUUUCGUGACAAGACCGUCGUAGAAGACAGUAAUGGCAUCAAAAGUAUCGCGUGAUACGCUCUAUGAAAGCGUAAAUUCGCUUUUGGAAUUCUCCCAAAAGAAGAAGCGGGGCUUCUUGGAGACAGUUGAAUUACAAAUUGGCCUCAAGAAUUACGAUCCUCAGAAGGACAAGCGUUUCUCCGGCACAGUCAAGUUGAAGCAUAUCCCCCGUCCAAAAAUGAAGGUGUGCAUCCUUGGCGAUCAACAGCAUUGUGAUGAAGCUAAAGUCAAUAAUGUUGAAUGCAUGGACGCCGAAGCUUUAAAGAAACUUAACAAGAACAAGAAAUUGGUCAAGAAACUAGCCAAAUCUUAUGAUGCCUUCUUAGCUUCAGAAUCUUUGAUUAAACAAAUCCCACGUUUAUUGGGUCCAGGUUUGAACAAAGCCGGCAAGUUCCCUGGUUUGUUAUCCCAUCAAGAGUCUAUGAUGGCCAAAAUUGAAGAAGUUAAAUCAACUAUCAAAUUCCAAAUGAAGAAAGUCUUAUGUUUGUCCGUAGCCGUUGGUCAUGUCAACAUGAAACCCGAUGAAUUGGUACAAAAUAUUCAUUUAUCUAUCAAUUUCUUGGUAUCACUUUUGAAGAAGAACUGGCAAAACGUGCGUUCAUUGCACAUUAAGUCAUCCAUGGGUCCACCACAACGUCUAUACUAAAAUAUGUAUGAAGUGUAUGUAGCCCAAAAAUGCAAAUUGAAAAUAAAUUGUUUUUUACGUUUUAAUAUGUAAA